AUGAUAUGCUCAUCGUCAAAUCGUCGUCAUAUAAUUCAUGUUUGUUGUUUUAUUAUUUUUAUUUCUAUAUUCGAAAUUCUAUCCGGUGCAGUAGAUAUAUAUCCAUUUAAUAAAUUAUCUUCAAGUAUAAUUGUAUUCAUAAAAGAUCCUAUUGAAUAUUAUGGUUUAACACUCGCAAUAAUUAUUUAUUUUGUACGCAUAUUAUCGUUAUUACCAUUGCCAUUAGUUAUAUGUCAUACAUGUGGUUUAGUUUUCUAUAAUAUAUUUCCUGAACGACCAGAAUUACAUAAUUCACCAUUGUUAGGACCAAAAAUUCGUAUACGUGUUGUAACACGUGGUGAUUAUCCUGAAUUAGUACAUACAAAUGUUAAACGCAAUUUAGAUACAUGUGCAAAAGUUGGUUUAGAUAAUUUUCAAAUUGAAAUUGUAACUGAUAAACCAAUAGAUAUUCAUGGUUUACCAGCAAAUAUGGUACGUGAAGUUGUUGUACCAAGUACAUAUCGAACAAAAACAGGUGCACUUUAUAAAUCACGUGCAUUGCAAUAUGCAUUAGAACCUGAUGUUAAUCAAUUAGCAGCUGAAGAUUAUAUUGUACAUUUAGAUGAAGAAACAUUAUUAACAGAAAAUUCUGUUCGUGGAAUAUUAAAUUUUGUUAAUUCGAAUGAAUAUGAUAUUGGACAAGGUUUAAUAACAUAUGCAAAUGAAACAAUCGUUAAUUAUAUAACAACAUUAGCUGAUAGUAUGCGCGUUGGAGUUGAUUUAGGAUGUUUAAGAUUUUGUUUAAAAAAAUUACAUCGACCACCAUUCUUAUUCAAAGGUUCAUUUGUUGUAUGUCGUGCUAGUUGUGAACUUGAAGUUUCAUUUGAUAAUGGACGAGCAGGUUCAAUAGCUGAAGAUACCUAUUUCGCAAUGUUAGCAAUGUCAAAAAAUAAGAAAUUCGGUUGGAUUGAAGGUGAAAUGUGGGAAAAAAGUCCAUUUACAUUAGCAGAUUUUAUUAAACAACGUAAAAGAUGGUUACAAGGAAUUUUACUUGUUGUACACGAUAACCGUUUACCAUUACGUGUUCGAUUAUGUUUAGGUAUUGCACUUUAUUCAUGGGUUACAUUACCAAUAACAUCAUUAAAUGUUAUUCUUACACCACUUUGUCCUAUACCAUUACAUUGGACAUUAAAUUUUUUAAUCAGUUAUGUUGGCGCUGUUAAUGUUUAUUUAUAUAUAAUUGGUGCAGUACGUUCAUUUUCACUAGUACGUUUAGGUUAUCUACAAUUUACAAUUCGAAUACUUGGAACAUUAGCAACUAUUCCAUUUGUUAUUGUAUGCGAAAUAACAGCGGUUAUAUGGGGACUUUUGAGUGAUAAGGGAAAAUUUUAUAUUGUUGAUAAAAACUUAAAACCACCGGUUAAUGUAGAAAUCAAUUUAUCUUCAGGUUUUUUUAUUUGUGUUAUUGUUCUGGCCUCGACUGGAACAAAGACUGCUGUAAAAGACGACCAGUCAUCGUCUUCUGCUGGUGCUGGAGGUAUUAAAUCAAAAUCAAGUUCGAUGAGUUCGUCAGAAGAAGUUUCAUGGAUUUCAUGGUUCUGCGGUCUUCGUGGUAAUGAAUUCUAUUGUGAAGUUGAUGAAGAUUACAUACAGGAUAAAUUCAAUUUAACAGGUCUUAAUGAACAAGUACCACAUUAUCGGCAAGCUCUUGAGAUGAUUCUUGACCUUGAGCCUGAUAAUGAACAUGAGAAACAAGAUAAUCCAAGUCAAUCAGAUUUAAUUGAACAAGCUGCUGAAGUUCUCUAUGGUCUUAUUCAUGCUCGCUAUAUUCUUACUAAUAAUGGUAUAGCUCAAAUGCUUGAAAAAUUUCAAAAUGGAGAUUUCGGUCUAUGUCCUCGUAUAUAUUGUGAUAAUCAACCAAUGUUACCGAUUGGUUUAUCUGAAAUGCCUGGUGAAGCUAUGGUUAAACUUUAUUGUCCGAAAUGUAUGGAUGCUUACGUACCGAAAAGUUCUCGACAUCAUCAUAUAGAUGGAGCAUAUUUUAGUACAGGUUUUCCGCAUAUGUUUUUUAUGGUUCAUCCUGAACAUCGACCAAAACGACCAACAAAUCAAUUUGUUGCUCGACUUUAUGGUUUUAAAAUUCAUUCAAUGGCUUAUCAAUUACAAUAUCAAGCAGCAAGUAAUCUUAAACAACCGAAUUCAGGUGCAGUCAUUCCAAGUGCUGGUGCUGCUGGUGCAGUUGGUGGUGGUGGUGGUACUGGCGGUGGCGGCACAACUACAACCACUACUCGUCCAGUUAUUAAGGAUUGA